AUGGGAAAAGAGAAGAAGAAGAAGAAGGAGGAACUCAAAGUUGUUGUCGUCGAAUUCAGAGUUUCAAUGCACUGCAACGCGUGUGAAAGAACGGUCGCAAGAACAAUUUCAAAGAUCAAAGGGAUAGAGAAGUUUUCGACAGAUAUGAACCAGCACAAGGUGGUCGUGACAGGGCGGAUCGAUCCGAAGAAGGUCUUGAAGAAGUUGAAGAAGAAGACGGGGAAGAAAGUCGAAAUUCUGGAGAACAAAGAGGACCUGGCGAAUGAAGAUGGAGCGAAUGAUGGGGAAGGCGAAGGCGGGUCGAAAACGAUGGUGGCUGAAGAACAAAACGCAGUUAUUCAUCCUUCGAUGUUGGGUUAUUGUUGCGUAGAAGACGAAGUCUUGAUGAUGUUCAGCGACGAGAAUCCAAAUGCAUGUUCUGUGAUGUAG